AUGAGGAUAAUUAAAUAUUGUAAUAGUACGGGAGGAUCUCUAGCCUUGCUAUUUUUCAUGCUCACACAACAGAUUAGUUUGGCACAUUCAAAGCACAGGCACAUCGUACAUCGACAUAAACGGCAACACGGAGCAAACUUAUACUUACCCGAAACUUAUAUAAUUCCGGGCGGUGAAGGGACUGAAUCCGAAUGGGGACAAUGGAGUACACCAUCAGAGUGCUCGAGAACAUGCGGGGGUGGUGUAGCUUAUCAAAGUAGAGAAUGUUUAAUUAUUGGUCGAGACGGCGAACCAAGCUGUCAGGGUGGGAAUAAGAAAUAUUUUUCAUGUAACACACAAGACUGUCCCGAUGACGAAGCUGACUUUAGACAUCAACAAUGUUCAUAUUUUGAUCGAACGCCAUUUGAAGAUGUUUAUUAUAAUUGGGUGCCAUACACAAAAGCUCCGAAUCCGUGUGAGUUGAAUUGCAUGCCAAGGGGCGAGCGCUUUUAUUAUCGACAUAAAUCGAAAGUUAUUGACGGCACGCGUUGCAACGACCACUCAGUUGAUGUGUGUGUUGAUGGUCAAUGUCAGCCUGUUGGAUGUAAUCUGAUGUUGGGUUCACCAGCUCGUGAGGACAAAUGUAGAAAAUGUCAGGGAGAUGGCUCUUCAUGUAAAACAGUAACUGGUCUUCUAGACAUGAACAAUUUACAAGUCGGAUAUAACGACAUUUUGUUAAUUCCACAAGGAGCGACCAAUAUUGCUAUUCAAGAACGUUCGCCUUCUAACAAUUACAUAGCAAUUCGUAAUCUCACAGGACAUUAUUAUCUCAAUGGCAACUAUAGGAUAGAUUUUCCACGACCAAUGACAUUUGCUGGGAGUUUAUGGACAUAUGAACGAAAACCGAACGGAUUUGCUGCUCCUGAUAAGAUAACAUGUUUAGGCCCAAUAGAUGAAGCCGUUUAUCUUGUGCUUUUGUCUCAAGAUCAAAAUGUUGGAGUAAAUUAUGAAUAUAGCGUGCCGCGAGCUGCAGCUGCUCCCGAAGAACCGGAAAUAUAUUCAUGGGCUUUCACGAAAUUUGAAGUCUGCUCUAAAUCUUGUGGUGGUGGUCAUCAAGCAAGAAACGUCACGUGUACGAAGCAAAGAACAUCAGAAGAAGUUGAUGAGAGUUUAUGUGAUUCAUCUCAAAAGCCAGCUGAAUGGCAAAAAUGUGGACUUUUGGAUUGUGCACCUCAAUGGAUUGAAGGAGAAUGGGGAAAAUGUUCAGCACCUUGUGGACAAAGUGGAAAAAAAGAACGAAAAGUUCAUUGUGAGAAAAUCAACGCAAAUGGAGCGGUCACUGUCGUUGAUGAUGAAGUGUGUCUGGAACUUGUUGGAAAUAAACCUGCAACUGAGAGCUCAUGUAAUGAAGGCAAAAUUUGCCCUUCUUGGUUCACUGGUAAAUGGCAACCGUGCAAUAAACUUUGCGGUGAAGGAAAGAAAACGCGACAAGUCAUUUGCUAUCGAAAAGAGGAAAAUGGAGAUAUCACAGUUCUAGACGACAAAGAUUGUUCAGAUGAAAAACCAGAGGAAGAAAUGGAUUGUAUGAUAGUACCUUGUGAAGGCGUUGAAUACAUAACAUCAAGUUGGAGUGGUUGUGACGUAUGCGGUGCAACUGUUGAGACGAGAUCGGUUCAGUGUGCAUCGAAAGCUGGAAAAAUUUAUAAUGAGACUUUCUGUAACAAGAAGCCAAAGCCAGAGUUAUCCAGACCUUGCAAUGCAACGCCUUGUGAUUAUGCAUGGUUUACAUCACAGUGGACAAAAUGUUCAGCAGAAUGUGGAAAAGGCCUUGAAAAUCGAGUUGUUGUUUGUGGAAAACUCGAAGGAGAUGUUAUUAAAAAAGCUGACGAGAGUAAAUGCGAAGAAAUAGAAAAGCCCGAGGAUGAAAGAGAAUGUGAUGGACCAAAAGAAUGCCCCGCUCAAUGGUUCGCUGGGCCAUGGACAAAAUGUUCAAAACGUUGUGGUGGCGGAAUACGAACACGUAAAGUUAUUUGCUUGGGGAUUGAUGGUGCAACAGAAACGAACAAAUGUCAAGAAGACAAAAUUUUGUUUGCAAGUGAUGAUUGUAAUAUGGAUGCUUGUGUCGAUGAUGAACUUUUACCUGUAGAUACAACAAGUCAACCAGUUGAAGAAGAUGACGAAAGUGAAGAAUGGUGUGACGAAGAUUAUGAAGAGAUGACGACUGAUCAAAAUGGUGUUCUUAAAGUGACAAGCGACUAUACAGAUUUGUCUUCAGGUAUUGAUUUCUCAUCGAUGGCUUCCACUGAAUCAUCACCCUUAACAGAAGAACUUAUGCUUAGUGACGCAACAGGUUUUGAGACGGAUGUAACAGACGAAACUACAGAUAUGUCUAUAGAAGGUUCAGGAUCAUCAACAUCAGAUAUGGACCUUGAAUCAAGAUUUGAUGGAAGUGGAACUGAUGAAUCGACAUCAGUUACAUCAGACAAAACUAUGAUGACUUCAUCCGGUCUCAGUUCAAUUUCUGAAGAAAGUACUUCUGCUAGUAGUGAUGAUACAACAGAAUCUCUUUCUUCUCUUGAUUCGACAAAAGAUUCGACAGAAGAGUCAGAUAUUACAACAGAAUCAGAUUCAGACUCAUCUACCUCAUCACCAACUUCUGAAAGCUCUUCAGAAACCUCGAAAAGUUCAGUAGAUGGUAGUUCUUCAUCUAUUUCUACUGAAAGCAGCUCAUCUUCUGAUUCUACUGAUAGCAGCAUUUCGUCUGAUUCUACUGAUAGUAGCUCAUCUUCUGAUUCCACUGAUAGUAGCAUUUCGUCUGAUUCAACUGAUAGUAGCAUUUCGUCUGAUUCAACUGAUAGUAGCUCAUCAUCGUUCUCUACUGACAGCUCUUCGACAAGUGAUGAUACAACUACUGAAAGCGAUUCAUCAACAUCAGAGUCAAUAACAACUGAAUCAUCGUCAUCCGAAAGUUCAACUGAUCAAGACACUAUAAUUCAGUCAACAACGAGAGAUUUAGCUGACUAUGAAAUUCAAACAAGCAGUUUUGAUUAUAGCACAGAGUUAAGUACUGAAGAAGUAUCAGAAGAAUCGUCAAGUGAGGUUACAACAGUUUCAAGCGAAACAUCAAAUUCAGAAACGACUGAAUCUGAUGGAACGUCAGACUCUACAGACUCAACAGACACAUCAGACUUCACGGACACUACAGACUCAACAGACAAAUCAGACUCCACUGACAAUACAGAAUCUACAGAUACAUCAGAUUCAACGGACACUACAGAUUCAGCAGAAACUACAGAGACGACAGAGACGACAGAAGAAUUCACAGGGUCUACUGAUUCAACUGAUUUCACAAGUACGACUGAAAAUUCUAGUACUGAAGCUACAGAAUCAACGCAAACCGAUGAGUCAUCAACAACGGGAGAUGAAAGCACAGAAACUUCAGAUACAUCAACAUCAUCAGAUUUUGAUUCUUCAACUGUGGAUAUUUGGUCAACGACCGAUUCUUCAGAUUAUGAUGAUAGCUCAACGAUGACUUCUGCAUUUGAAAAAGCUGUUCGAGCUGAGCUUAAACCCAAAAAAUGCAAGCCGAGACCAAAGAAACCAGCAGCAUGUUUUGUAUCAGAAUAUGGUUGUUGCCCAGAUAACAAAACAGCUGCCAUUGGACCAUUCAAUGAGGGUUGUGAAAUUCCAGAAACUUGUAAGGAAACCAAAUUUAAUUGCUGUUCUGAUGGUCUCACUCCAGCGAAAGGAACUAAUGGCAAAGGUUGUCCAUCAGAAGACUGUAAAGAUACUUUGUUCGGAUGCUGUCCAGAUGCCGUAUCUGUCUCGAAAGGAAACAACAACGAAGAAUGUCCGGAACCAACCACCACACCAGUUCCAACAACAAAGCCUACGACAACAAAGACCACAGCGAAAACUAAAUCAGGCGAUACAACAACAGCUGCAGGAACUACAAAAGUUCCAGAAGUUGAGUCAAGACUUCAAGGAUGUUUUGCUUCUGAAUUUGGAUGUUGUCAAGACAAUAGCACAGAAGCGACAGGCCCCAAUUAUGGUGGAUGUUCAAGCUGCAUUAAUACACAAUUUGGGUGCUGUCCCGAUAACGAAACACCAGCUCAUGGCCCACUUCGUGAAGGGUGUUGCUUGCUCUCUCCCUUCGGAUGUUGCCCAAAUAAUAUCAAUGAAGCUAGAGGCCCUAGUCUUGAAGGAUGUGGUUGUGAAUACUCACCUUACGGUUGCUGUCCUGAUGGUACAACUUCAGCUAAAGGGCAUGACAAUGAAGGAUGUGGAUGCAAAGACACACCUCAUGGAUGUUGCCCAGAUGAGAUUACUCCAGCAGCUGGUGAAGAAUACUCAGGUUGUCCUUGCCAUUCUUAUCAGUUUGGAUGCUGUUCUGAUGGUGAAACUAUUUCUACCGGUCCACAUAGUCAGGGUUGUCAUUGUUCUAGUACACCGUUUAAAUGUUGUUCAGACAACGUUACACCAGCAAAGGGGCCUGACUUUGAAGGAUGUGAUUGUUCCACAAGUCAAUUUGGUUGUUGUCCUGAUGGUGUAACUGAAGCUAAAGGUAACAGUUUUGAGGGAUGUGAAGAUAAAGUCCCAGAUUCACCACAAAAAGCAUGUAGUCUUAAACGUGACAUGGGAACGUGUAGUGACAACUAUACAGUUAAAUAUUUCUUCGAUAGUGAGUAUGGCGGCUGUAGUCGUUUCUGGUACGGUGGUUGUGGUGGCAACGAAAAUCGCUUUGACAGUGAAAUUGAAUGUAAGGAAAUUUGCGUUGAACCGACAGGAAAGGAUAGUUGCCUUUUACCUAAAAUUCAUGGACCAUGCACAGGAUAUUAUCCAAUGUGGCAUUACGACAGCGACCGCAAUACUUGUACACAAUUUAUUUAUGGCGGUUGUCUUGGUAACGCUAAUCGUUUUGAGAAGAUUGAAGAUUGUCAAGCACAAUGUGUUGUAGAUGAAAAGAUUCCAUCGUGUGAUCAACCUAUUGAACAAGGAUCAUGUAGUGGUUCAUUCGAACGCUGGGGCUACGAUAAAGAAAGAGACAUUUGCGUACCAUUCAAUUAUGGAGGCUGUAAAGGAAAUAAAAAUAACUUCGCGACUGAAAAUGCUUGCAAUUAUCAAUGUAAAACACCAGGAGUGGGCAAAAAAAGUUGCAAUCUACCUAAAGAGUCUGGUGAUUGUGAAGAGAAACAUGCUCGUUGGUAUUUCUCCCAGAAUGAUAACAAAUGCAUGCCAUAUUAUUAUUCUGGGUGUGGUGGAAAUGACAAUAACUAUGACUCCGAAUAUUCAUGUGCUGACCAAUGUCCACCUACUGUCGUUAAAGACACAUGUCAGCUUCCUGCUGAUAUUGGUAAUUGCCAAACAUAUGUCGCUCAAUGGUACUACGAUACAAAGAUUAAGAGAUGCCGUCAAUUCUAUUAUGGAGGUUGCGGAGGAAAUGAUAAUCGCUUUGCAACUGAUAGUGAAUGUGAGCAACGCUGCAGCACUAGGGAACAAGAAAAACCAAGAACACGCCAUCCUGAAACUCAAAGACCACCGGAACAACCAACGAGACAAACAAGUCGACCAAUGAUUGAACGUCAAAAGGAUAUAUGUUUAUUACCUUAUCAAUCUGGAACAUGCCGUGAACAACACAGAAGAUUUUAUUACGAUCGCGGCUAUGGAAUUUGCAGUCAAUUCUUAUAUACUGGCUGGGAUGGGAAUGAAAAUAACUUUGAGACUCUUGAUGAAUGUGAAACUCUUUGUGAUGAUGCUGUUGGGCUUUGUGACUUGGCUCCACUAUACGGUCGAUGUUCUGAAAAUAUCACAAGAUGGUACUUUGAUGCUUAUACGCAAGAGUGUCAAGAAUUCGAAUUCAGUGGAUGUUAUGGGAAUAAGAAUAAUUUCGAAGACAAAAGAUCAUGCGAAUAUGCUUGCAGACGUCCCGAUGAAACUCGCACCUCAGAAGCUCAAACAAUACAGACAGCUCGACCUACAUCAAGACCAGCACCACAACCUGAAGAAAGAGUUUCUGAAGAUGUUUGCAGUCAACCAGAAGACCCAGGAUCCUGUGAUGAAUAUGUUAUCCUUUAUACUUUCAAUUCAACUUCAAGGCAGUGUAAACGUUUCUAUUAUGGCGGUUGCGAUGGCAAUGAUAAUCGAUUCAACUCCCAAGAUGAAUGCGAGUCUACGUGCUUAAGCCCCGAAGUUGACAGCAGAGUUCAACCUGAGCGAGAACGUGAUUGCGACCAAUAUAUUCGACACUGUGAAUCUUUACGUUGUCCUUACGGACUACUUAAGUCUUAUGAUGCAGGUUGCGAACAGUGCGAAUGUGAAGAUCCGUGUGCUGAAUAUGAGUGUCCAAUUGAUAGCAAGUGUUCGGUUGACGUAAGUGAUCAAGAAGGCGUGACAGUCUUUGUGCCAGUUUGCCGAAGAUUCACAAAGCCUGGACAGUGCCCGAGACUUGAACAACGAACAGCUGCAUGUGAGGUUGAGUGUCAUGACGAUGCUGAUUGCAGAGGAGAUUAUAAAUGUUGCUCAGCUGGUUGCUCAAACAUUUGUACUCCACCAAUUGAUAACAGGGUGAGACCAACAACACAAGCACCUUACCAUCCUGAGGCUCAAGCUCCAAGUCUUCAAGAGGUAUCCGAAGAAGAUUUGCAACCUGUUGCCAGAGAAGGUGGUGUUGCUACUUUAAGAUGCUUUGCAACUGGUUUCCCACCUCCCUCGAUCACAUGGAAACGAGGUGGAUUGGAGUUGAAAACAAAUCACGGAAGAUUUGUUCUUACAUCAAAUGGAGAUCUUCAAAUUGUUCAACUACAUCGGACUGAUGCUGGAACCUAUGUAUGUGUAGCGUAUAAUGGGAUUGGAAACAGUAUAGAACGUGAGGUAACACUCACAGUUGACGAACCGGUGGAUGGUAGUGCAUACAUCUUAGGUGACACUAACUCUACAGUUUUGGCAAUUAUUUCUGAACCAGCUACACUUAGAUGUUUAGCUGGUGGAUAUCCCAAACCGUUUGUGACAUGGUGGAGGGGAGAUAAAAUUUUGCCUUUGAAAGAUGAUCGUAUUGAAAUUACUCGUGAUUAUUCACUCAACCUUAACAGUGUUGAUCUCUAUGAUUUGGGCCCUUACGUUUGUCAAGCUUACAACUCAAUAGGCAGACCAGUUUCAAUUCAAGUAACUCUCAGAACACACGGGCCUGUCAAUCCACAUAGCGAGGAAGAUUACAAGUAUCUUCAAUAUGUUGAUAAUUAUCCUCUUACAACAGCUCCUCCGAGAAUCCCAAAUCCUUCUCCCACACCUCGCACAAGACCUAGUUAUGUCCAAUCUACUCCACCUCACAUUACUUCUGCACCUCGAAUAAGCCUUGUUCCAGUAACUGCUAACAUCAUGCUUCCAAAAGGACGAGUUUACAGCGUAGGAACAGACAUUUUACUUAAUUGCAAUGUAACGGGAGAGCCUACACCAGAAAUUACGUGGUACAAAGACAAUCGACAACUGGAUCCAUCAGAUCAUAUAGAAAUGCCAGAACCAAAUAGAGUAAUUAUCGUUGGUGCACAUCCAUCUGAUUCAGGAAACUAUCGAUGUGUAGCUCGAAAUAAUUACAGUCAAGCUUUUGCAGCAGAAGUAAUAAGCGUAGAAGGUUUCCACAUACCUUCUGAUUGUACUGAUCACCAGAAAUUUGCCAACUGUGCACUUAUUGUAAAAGGCAAUUACUGUAAUCACAAAUAUUAUGCCAAAUUUUGUUGCCGGUCAUGUACUCUUGCUGGUCAGCUUCAGUCGCAUCCGAACCAAAUUUAAUCAGACGUCAGACGAUACAUGAAAAUCUCUUCUGUUUUCAAAUUUUUAUUUUAUUUUUUUUUUUCGUUUCAUUUCCCAAAGAUAAAAUGAAAAUCUUUUAAUUGAAAUAAAUUUUGUUAUAGCUCUUCCUCCUUUCAUCUUGUUUUACUUAAGUGAUUGAGCUUAAGUAAAAGUAAGAAUGAGGACGAGUAAUAGAUAUAAAUACAUAAGCGAAAAAAUAUUGUGUUCAUUGUUCCUACGUUUAGUAAUUUAUAACGUUAAGGACGAUCAAAAUCUUCAUUAUAAAUUUAUUAAAAGCCAAUAUCCUUCUGUCGGAAUGAAAAAUCAAUUCAAUUUAUAAAUGAGAUAUGAAUGUUUAAUUUGAAAUAUUUACAUAGUUUUAAUUCUCUAUCAGUGCCAUGAACAAAAUUUAAUGUUAUAAAAAAUAUGUACCUUCUUUAUACACGUAACCUUUAUUUGUGAAUGAUAAAGUUUCAUUAUUUACAUUCUCAUUUCACCGAUAACACAAUUUUAAUCUGAGUGAGUGCCUUUACUGCAUUUUUUCUCUCUCCUUCUCAGCACUUGUGUACCCGUCAAUAGCUUCCAUUUGCAUAAUAAAACUGGGGAAUUAAAUUGUUUUGUAUAUGUAGUGAGAUUUUUUAACAAAUGAAUAUUGAAAAAAAGCCAUUCAAAACAGCCAUAUUCUGUAUACACAUAUGUAUUCUAUGUAUAGCGAAUGUAUGAAUCAAGGCAGAUACAGUAUUUAAAUAAACAACGCUGAAGGAUUCUAACAAAACUUGAGUAGCGAGGCAAUUCAUUUCCAUUACCUAAAUAUUAGAAGCAAAAACAAACUUAAACGAAUUAAAAAUGCCUGCCCAGUGUAUGAGUGUUAACGAUUUUAUUAUUUUCUUCAUCCAAAAGCUUGAAAGUUUUCAAAUUUUGAGAACUCUGAAAUCCCUGGAUGAUGAUUAAUAGCAAUAAUACCAAUAGCAUUAAAAUAUAUUUGAGAUGAAAUUUAUGUUUGAAGAGGAAGAAGCAAGAUGAGAUAAUUAUGAAAAAAAGAACUAAAUAAUAUAGAAAUGACGAAUUAUUAUUGGAGUUUUUUAUUCGUUGAAAUUUAAAAAGAAGGUUUAAAAGAUGAAUGGAACGAGAUUACCGGUUAAGGAUAUCAAAUAACAAUUAAAAUAUAUGUAUGAAUGAUACUUAAAUUUUACUCUCAUCUCAAAUACAUAUUUCUAAUAGCACUGGAAAAGCGAUGCUUCACAUGUAGUUCAUAUAGUCAGUUAUAUGAAAAUUUUUGAUACAAAAUAAAAUUCAACUUUCUGGAAUUAUCGAAACGAAAAUAUUUUAUGUGAAUAAAAUUAAAAAUAAAAUUCAUAAAGAA